AUGAAGACAUUCGAUCCCUCCUCCUCGUCAUCAGCGUUGGUGCUCGGCCUGGUAGCAGCAUCACUCGCCAGCAUCCCUUCGGCCAACGCAGACAUCACACAGCGCCCCUCCAACCUGCAUCGACGUCAAGCCGCCUCACGAGCCCGUGGCAACACGGCAGAUCAGAUCGCCAUCUACCAGCAAGCAUUCACCGACCCCGUCGGCGCCGCCCAAGCCGCCAACGCGCUUCCUUUCAUCGCCAACCAGUUCGCCACGGGCUCCUUGCCCGAGUACAACCUGGCCGAAGAUGCUGCACAGCUGCCAUGGAACACCAACGUGCCGUUUGUUCCCGAAGCUGCUGUCGAUGGAAGCGACGCCGGUGGGUGGCAGGCUCUGCCCACCAUCGACGGCAUGACGUUGAACCGCACCUUUGCCGUACGACCCGGUGUGACGAUGCCGUUCUACCAGUCGUCCGGCUACGAUAGCAACAGAGUGAAGCGCGCCGUGAUGAUCAUGCCGGGCAAGCCGAGAGACUGCUGGAAGUACACCUCGCUGGUUCAGAACGCCCUCGAAGUAUACAUUACCAACCCUGCGAGCGCGGGCAGCAACGCUGAUGGGUCUUCCUCGGGUGGCGAGAGAACCAGCAAAGACGACGUACUCAUCCUCGGACCGUGCUGGAUGAACACCAACGACCGUGAAGCCGGAGCGAUCCAGGAUGGCGAGCUGUACUGGUACCGCGGGCAGUGGCAGUCGGGCAUGGCAUCGCGUGGUCCCGGCGACACGGCGCUCUCCUCCUACCAGGUGAUGGACUCAUUCAUGGACACGCUGUUCGACAAGUCGCAGUUCCCCGCGCUCGAAACCGUCGUCGUCGCAGGUCACUCGCUCGGCGCGCAGAUGGCUCAGCGCUAUGCCGUCGCCAAACAACCUGCAAGCUACGACACCAACAUCAGCUUCUGGAUCGGCAACCCUGGCUCGUACGCCUGGCUCUCCCCGUCGCGACCCAAUCAGAACAACGCCAGCUGCGCCGACGAGUACGACGACUGGCCUCACGGUCUCAGCGGUACCGGUCUACCCCCGUACGCACGCGAACGCGUCCGAGACGACAAGCAGCAGAUCGUCAACGCCUUCCUCUCGCGCAACGUCCACUACAGUCUCGGGCUCCUCGACAAUGGACGUGGUGACACAUCGUGCCCCGGAUCCUACCAGGGAGCUAACCACCUCGAACGCGGGGCUCACUUUGUUGAGGCUGUUGCCGAUCUGGCUGGAGGAAGACUGCCAAGGACGCACUCGGCCAACUUCAUGCCCAACGUCUCGCACAACGACUACUCGAUGCUGAGCUACAACAUCUCGCUCUUCAGGCUGUUUGAGGAGACGCCUGUCGGUGCGGUGGGCAGCUCGUCGAACAUGAACGGCGGAGCAAGGGGCAAUUCGACCACGAAUGCGCAGGGGAACAGCGGCAACACUUCUCCAGCGUCGUCAUAUAAGGCAGGCGGAUUGGCUGCUGGCGCAGUCGCUGCCCUUGCCUUUGGGAUGAGCUUGCUUUGA